CCAUCCCGACACGAGUUGCAUUUUAGAUAUAAAAAACGGCAAUAUCCCGACAGUAAAUUACACAGUUUCGACAGAAAUCCAACAGAGAUGAAACGCAUAAUCGUAGCGAUUCUAACGUUGUCGGCCAGCACUUUACUAUUGGCCGAUGAGAAUGGUUCCAAUAGACAGAUAUCACCACUACCAGCCAACAUAACAUGCGAUCCAAAUUACAAGUACCGCAGUUACGACGGGUCGUGCAACAAUCUACUCAACCCACGUUUCGGACAAGCGGGCACCAUUUUUCAACGUUUGAUGGGCCCCGCAAAUUACGCCGACGGUAUCUCCAAGAUUCGUUUGUCUCAAUCGGGUGCACCUCUACCGAGCGCUCGCCUCAUCACCACCACCGUGACAGUCAACGAAAGUGUAUCAAAUCCGGACGUCUCUUUCAUGACGAUGCAAUGGGGACAGUUCCUGGACCACGACUUAACUAAGAUAACACAAUUUACAGUCGCUGGAGGUUGUUGUGAUGGAGGAAGAUUCGGUAACGUGACAGCCAAUCCCAAUCCUGAAUGCUUGCACAUUCUCGUCCCAAAUAACGACCCUACCUACACCAAUGCUAAUUGCAUCAACAUGAUUCGCUCAAACUUCGGCCUGUACCUGAAUGGUAGCACACCGACUGCCAGAGAACAGGUGAAUUCUUUAACCCACUGGAUUGAUGGAUCCCAAAUAUACGGAAGCAGUAACGCCACCGCUCAAUCCCUCCGCAACACAACUUCCAAAAGAGGUUUAAUGAAUGUUUCCUUUAAAAACGGCAAGGUUCUGCUGCCUCUGACCAAUACCUGUUGCACCGAUAAUACCACUACAUGCGCCGAGGCCGCUUCAUGCUUCGUUGCAGGUGACAGCAGAGUGAAAGAACAGACGUUGAUAACUAUCAUGCAUACUUUGUGGCUCCGCGAACAUAAUCGAGUAGCUAAUGCUCUGUACGCCAAAUACGGAGCAAGCAAAACCGACGAAUUUUAUUACCAAGAAGCUCGUCGCAUCGUCAUUGCCGAAUUGCAGCACAUCACAUACAACGAGUUCCUUCCCGUCAUAAUUGGUCCUUCCGCACAGUUUAAGGGUCCGUACAGCAACAAAAACAAUUCUGCUCUUUUCAACGAAUUUACCACGGCUGCCUAUCGAAUGGGUCAUUCAUUGAUUCGUAGUUUCAUCAGAGUGUACGAAGCUGAUGGAACUAGAAGCAAUCAAAGUUAUUUGCUCGGCACCUCAUUUGGUACUGCUACUCGCCUUCUCAAUCCAAACUUUAUUGACAAUGCGAUUCGCGGUCUUCUCAAAACACCUGCGCAGACGGUGGACGAAUGCUUUGCCGACGACAUUACUAGCCAACUUUCGAAAACACCUACAGCCCUACUCGGUGGUGAUUUGAUAUCAAUAAAUAUGCAACGCGGACGAGAUCACGGUCUGCCGAAUUACAUUAAAGCCCGACAAAUUGCCUUGAAUUUGAAAACACCACUCCCAACGACAUUUGAUGCUCUAAAUUCAACCACUUCACCAGAAAUUGUAACAUAUUUCAAGAAAAUUUAUGGCUCGGUGAACGACAUUGAUUUAUACAUCGGUGGAGUAACAGAGACAAAAGCACCAGGAUCUCUGGUGGGACCAACAUUUACUUAUAUUAUAGCUAAGCAAUUUGAGAACCUGAGGCAAUCUGAUCGUUUCUUCUAUACCGAUGUAACGCAAUCGGUUUCUUUCACUGCAAAUCAACUGGUCGAAAUCAAGAAAGUGAGUCUUGCCCGCAUCAUCUGUGACAACAGUGAUGGAACUAUUGCGCAAAUUCAACCGCAGGCCUUCCGUACACCAACUGUCACAAAUAUGCCAACUUCAUGCAGUAGCAUUCCAAAAAUGGACUUUGUGAAAUAUACCAAAUAAGCAUCUGUAUGGGUAUCAAGAAAAUGCAUGGUUUUCACAGGCAGUUUUAAGAAAAAUUGUGUUGUAAAAUGGUGAAGGGAGGGGGGACUAAGGGAAAACCAAUAGAAGACUACAUUGUCUGUAUACUUUGAUAAAUCUAAUUUUCCUUUGAAUAGUACAUGUUCUCUAUACUACGACAGAAAAUAUAGCUAUUUCCCC